GUUCCCUGCCCAAAUAAUUGAAACUUCGAUAGUUCGAGUCACCCGAUUUUAGUCGGCGACGAGCGUUCUCGACCGGAGACCGCGCGAUGGGGAGCUACAAAUGUUGCCUCUGCUUCACGAGGAAGUUCCGGUGGUGCGAGGCGGAGCCGCCGGCGGACGUGAGGGCGGCCUUCGCCGCCCACGCCGGAGAGGGAGGGAGCUACAUGGCCGCAGAUCAGUUCCGUAAGUUUCUUGCGGAUCAAGGCGAUGCCGGCCAUGAUGCGGAGUUGGUCAUCGAGAAGGGAAUCCAGCUGGGACCGAGGCAGCACCUCCGAGGCAAGCUCCCCGUGCCGGCUUUCACUCUCGAUGACUUCCACCGCUAUCUCUUCUCCGUGGAGCUCAACCCUCCCAUCAGAUCUCAGGUUCACCAUGAUAUGACUGCUCCUUUAUCCCAUUAUUACAUCUACACAGGACAUAACUCAUACUUGACUGGAAACCAACUGAGCAGUGACUGCAGUGAUGUCCCCAUUAUAAAAGCACUCAAGAAUGGCGUGAGAGUAAUUGAGCUAGAUAUGUGGCCUAAUGCCACAAAAGAUAAUAUUGAUAUUCUUCAUGGGAGGACUUUAACUUCUCCUGUGGAACUUAUUAAAUGCUUACGAUCCAUUAAGGAGCAUGCCUUUUCUGCAUCCCCUUAUCCUGUCAUUAUAACUCUAGAGGACCAUCUUACUCCUGAUCUUCAAGCUAAAGUCGCUGAAAUGGUUGUAGAAACGUUUGGAGACUUGUUGUAUUACCCUGACUCAGAAUCUCCAAACGAGUUCCCAUCACCAGAAUCUUUAAAGAAAAGGAUUAUUAUUUCAACCAAACCGCCAAAAGAAUAUCUUGCAGCUAAGAAUGAUAAAGAGAAGAAUGGUAACUCCCAAAAUUUGAAUGACGAUGAAGAAGCAUGGGGAAAGGAGGUCCCUGGUCUUCAAACUGAGCUCAACAAGACACAAAACAAUGAUGAUGAUGUGGAUGAUAGCGAUGAGGAUUGCCAUGAUGACAGUGAUGAUGGUAAGAGUAUGUCCCAGAGAUCACCACCCGAAUAUAAAUCUAUUAUCACUAUACGAGCUGGAAAGCCUAAGGGUGAUAUAAGUGAAGCACUAAAAGAUGAUCCUGAUAAAGUUAGACGUCUCAGUUUGAGUGAACAACAACUUGAAAAGGUAGCAGCAACUCAUGCGGCAGACCUAAUAAGGUUUUCUCAUAGAAAUUUACUCCGGAUAUAUCCAAAGGGUACACGCUUCAAUUCUUCUAACUACAAUCCAUUCGUUGGCUGGAUUCAUGGUGCUCAGAUGGUGGCAUUUAACAUGCAGGGAUAUGGAAGAUCACUGUGGUUGAUGCAUGGAUUUUAUAAAUCAAAUGGUGGAUGUGGAUAUGUAAAGAAACCUGAUUUCCUGUUGACUGUUGGUCCAAACAAUGAGGUUUUUAAUCCUAAAGCAAGUUUACCCGUAAAGAAAACCUUGAAGGUCAAAGUAUACAUGGGAGAUGGUUGGCGUAUAGACUUCAAAAAAACUCAUUUUGAUACAUACUCCCCUCCAGAUUUUUACACAAGGGUGGGAAUAGCUGGUGUUCCGGCCGACACAAUGAUGAAGAAAACGAAGAUCAUAGAAGAUAAUUGGACUCCAGUUUGGAAUGAAGAGUUCAUCUUCCAUUUGACAGUGCCUGAAUUGGCCUUGCUACGUAUUGAAGUCCACGAGUACGACAUGUCAGAGAAGGAUGAUUUUGCAGGGCAGACUUGUUUGCCUGUAUCAGAGUUGAGACCAGGAAUUCGAGCGGUGCCACUCUUCAAUCGCAAAGGAAUCCAAUUUAAUUCUGUAAAGCUUCUUAUGCGGUUUGAAUUUGUGUAAUUAGUUGAAAGGGCAUAUAAGUUGGUAUCCCAUUUUGCAGUUUAGAUUUCAAUUUAAAUAGGUAAAGGAUCUUAUGCAAUUUGGCUUUAUGUGACGUAUCUUAUGCAAAUAAUUGUCACAUUUGUAUGCAAGGUACUCGAUUUAAUGAAUUUACUAUUGAACU